AUGUCUUAGCUGAGCUCAACUAAAAAAUCUAUAUUAUUAGCUGCUUUAGUGAUAUUUGGAUCAUUGGCAAUAAUAACCUUUAAUUUAUAAAAUAGUCAGAUUGUUUUUGUUGAUUAAGAAGAUACUUAUGGAGUUUUCAAUCAUCCAUUUAUGUAAACAUUAAGUAUGUUUGUUGCUGAAUUUCUAUGCUUACUCGCUUUUUUUUACGUCAAAACAACUAAGUCUUAUAAAAGUCAAUAUGAAGAAGCUUGUAAUGAUGGAUUAAAAAGAAUAAAAGUAUUGCUAAUCCUCAUACCUACUUGUUGUGAUAGUAUUGGAGCACUUUGCAUCUACAUAUCAUUAAACUUUUUGCCGCCCUCAGUUAAUUCUAUUUUGACAUGUGGAAUUAUCGCUACAUCAGCUAUUUUAUCAAGAUUAAUGUUAAAGAGAAGAUACACAACAAAAGAAAUCUAAGGAUGUUCAUUAGUCUUAGUUGGAGUAGCAAUUGUAGGCAUUAGCGGAUUUACUUUUCCAGAAGAAUAAAAUUAAGAAGAUAUUAAAAAAUAAGUCGUUUCCAUAUUCCUUAUGUUAUUCUCUAUAUUUCUCUAUGGAUUCCAAUACACAAUUGAAGAAAGGUUUUAUAAAACAUAUUUCAUCCAUCCUUUGGAACUCAUUGGGUUUGAAGGAAUGUGGGGAUUGAUCAUAUACACAUUAAUAUGCAUAUCUUUGACUUUUACUAAGUGUCCUGAAGCUCUUUACAAUGUUUGUAUUCCACAUGAUGGUGAGUAUUACUUUGAAAGAGCUGAUUAUUAUUUUCAGCAAUUUUCUAAAAGUGCUCUCCUUCAAUUUGCUGUAAUUUUUGGGAUUCUAUCGAUUUCUGUUUACAAUACUAUGUGUUAGACAGUAACAAAAUAUUUAUCUUGUGUAACUAGAGCACUGGUGGAUGUUGCUAAAAUUAUGAUGAUUUGGAUUAUAUCUUUAAUAAUUUCAUUAAGUACUUCAUCGUCAAAUUAUCAUUGGGAAAACGUCAGACUUGGAGCUAUCAUCAUAGAGGUCAUUGGAUUUUCAUUUGUUGUUGCUGGCGAAAUUAUUUAUAAUUUCAAUGCCACUUAAGUUGAGGGAACUGAAGAACUUACUCAGAAUUUAAGUUUGCAAUAAAAUUGA